AUGGUUUUCUCCUGGGAUGGCGCUGACGCCGAGGUUCAGGCCCAGGACUGGGACGAGGCGGCGAAGUCGCCGGAGCUGGAUUUCGAGGAUGAGUUGGAAACACCCCGCCCACGUCGCACAUCGCAAAGUUCGAAGCGCUCGAAGGACUCGGGGGGCAGCACCGCCCGACGGAGAUUCUCAGCGGAGGGCCGGGGCGUGUCCCUCUACUCGGUGGGUUCCGGCUUCUCCUCAGCCUCCGUGUUUGACCGCUUGGAGCUUCCCAGCGAGAAGAGGCCCUGGCGCGAACUGCUGAUCCCACUGGGCAUCAUGAUGUUCUUCCUCGCACUGGUGUUAAGCACUGCGCUCUUGACGAACAGCGUCAAGAUCACUGUCUUCACGGAGGGCUCCUUCAGCUACACCACGCAGGUGAGUGACGAGGCGACCGCCCAAUGGGUCCGUUGGCAACGCGCCCAACGCUUGGCGGAGCCCACGGUGGGGCAGGGACUACCAGGCGGCGCCGCGAUGGUUGCACAAGUCACCUGGCGGCGCCUGGUGCUCAUCUAUCAGCUGCCGCAGGCUGACACGGUCUCAUCGGUGGGGCUGCAACGUGCAAAGGCUGUGGAAGACACCCUGCGAGCUUUGCCCUUGUGGCAAAGUCUCUGUGGAGAGAUGCCCAUCAGCUACCAAGCCCUGUGCCUUGAAGGUGACUCCAUGGUCUCUGCCUCCCAUGGGAGCCUCACACAGGUGUCUGCUGCUGAUGUGGCCGCAGGUGUCCAGGCCGACAUCCGUCUGGACGGGAAUGGCACCGAGGAGUUGAUCGACUUGGAGACGCUCACGCGGAUCUUCGAGGAGCGCUCGCCCGACACGCUGGAGCGUUGGCUGCCCAAGGACCGUUAUGGGGCCCAGGGCAAGGAGGCUUUUCGAUCGAGCUUUACCUUUGCCCUGAACCCCACGCGUGCGGACACCUUGUGGCGCGCUUUAGUCCUGGACGAGGUGCGCGGCCGAGUCCACGAGAGCCGGCUACCUCUGUCUGCAGCCGCCCUCCGCUCUAACAUGGAGGACGCUCGCAGGGGCGAGCGUCUCCCGGCAGGGCAGUGGAGUGCUGCAGCAGAGGACAUAUUUCGCUUCAGUGAGGAGAAGCUGCAGACUUUACGUCGUGCGUAUCAAGAAUAUCACGCGCACGUGUGUCAUGCAUCUUACGCCGGGCAGACAAAUGCCGAGAUCCAAACAAGAAUCGAAGCUGCCGAAAAGUCGUGGCCCGAACACGAGUACGAUCGAGUCAUGACAGCGCCAGCUGCAUAUCAACUCCGGCGCGCAAACGGACACAAUCUCGAUGCUGAAGCUUCAGAAUGGAAACGAACAUACUUGGAAGAGGACGUUGUCGCCCUACAACUGCUCAAGCAGCACCAUUACCAUCCGUAUAGCGAAUCUGCGCAAGCGCGGGUUCCAUUAGCAGGGUGUCAAAAGAGUGACCGGCCAGGACUCUGCAAAAGUGAGUUUCCGCGCACUCAAUGGCUGUGCAACCACACCACAGUGUUGUGCCCAUGUAAAUUGAAGACGUAUGGCAUGCCAUCCACUGGACGCAAAAAUCGUUUAGGCUCCUUACAUGGCCCGUGCAACAACGAGUGGCUCAACGGAUGUGCGCCAGCAAUGCUAGCAGGUCUGCGAGGCGCGAACUGUGACGUACAAGUACCUUACCGCCUGCCCUAUAGCUGUGACACAUGCGGCAGCAAGCUCUUACCCGAAGAGCGGAGGGCCAUUGCGUUGGCCGCCCAACGCGCGCAAGACGCGCAAACGGGCUAUUGCGCAGACUACUGCGCCAAGAACCAACCUAUGGGUUUCGCCGAAAUCAAAGAAUUUCAAAAAGGCCAUGACCAGUUGCACGCGCGCCUGACAGGCCACUCGAUCGAACAAAUUGGGAAAAGACACGCAACACGAUUUCUCAGCGAUGCCUACUUGAAAGGCGUUGUUCGCGGGCAAGUGGAAUGCUGCAACUUGCGGGCGCAGCACCAUGAUCAAGCUGUUGUGUCUGCCGAACGCAUUAGUACCGCUGGUUUCGAGAGCUUUCCCGGUGGCGCUUUUGUAGACCUAGUACAACGUCUCACGUCAAAUCUGUCUGAUGGUGCGGGAGGCACAGCCAGCAUCCGCUGGACACGACGACAACCAUCGGGAGUGCGCCAUCUCCACCGGGUGAACUUGGCAGAAGUAUAUGGACAUAGGCCUCCUUCAUCGGAAGUUUGGUGGCUGUCUCCCUAUGAGUUCACGGCUGCCUGGCGCAUCGCCGUCGCAUGUGUCCCAACCACAAAACGAGAGUGGGAAGCCGAGAAGAAAACUGCGUGGGACGUCACCUUAACUGCCGCCGGGUUGAAACUUAUCCAACGACAAAACGCUCCAGAUAAAAAACUCAACUUGAAACCAGGCAGUCACUAUAAACUCCGAAUCGGCGCGUCCAACGAUCGCAUUCUAUUGGACCAGACCACCGGCACCGAACACUUGCGGCAUCUCUGUUACUUGCAACGACGUAAACGACCCCUCUGUCCACACUUUGAGAAUUCCCCUGUCCCACAGCGCACGGUUGGUCAAGCCGAACACAAUGCUCGCCUAACCCUGACUUAUUUUCGCGCUUGGACUUUGAACACGUCGAACGCCUCCGCCAAUGUGCCCUUUGCGGGACGGUUGAAAGAACCUACUCAAACGUGGGCUCAAGCGCUCCGGUUGUGGCUUCUGCGUGUGCCGUGCGAAGAAACCAAGCGCCAUGUCGGCAACUUCUUAUCCGUGUACCGGGUCCGCCCGGCCGCUGCGGCCGCAGCAAACAGUGACGACAGCGGUGCCGACGAACCGCUUCUAGUUACCCCUUCGACUCUGCCCACGGCCCUGACAACAUCUUUUCGGCAAACUGGGAAACAAGGACAAGCCAAAACAGGUGCGAAGGUUGCGGACGCGGCUCUGGCCAGCUACAAAGCAGCGGUGGCGCAAGCGGAUGCAAUGUGGCAGCAGCCGUCCCAGUGCAGGGGACCAGGCCAAAGGCAAAACCCCUAUGAAACACAGGAUCCGAAAGAAGCCCAGAGAGCUAUCAAGCUGGCGAGGGCCAAGCGCAACAGGACAGUGCCAUCCAGCAACAGCGAAGCCGCUGUGAUGGCAGGGACAUGGCAAGCCGAAGCCCACAAUGUUGCCAGAGCAGUGGACGAAUUUCUCGCGGACUGUCGGCAACGACAGACGUGCAACUCUGAGCAGUUGCAGUUCCUCCAGAAAGUUUGCAGGCGACUCCAAGCGGAAGCCAUCACCGGGCAGGAUCGCGGGGGAGCGGCCGAAACGAACACAGAACCACUUCGAUGGGCUUUGCAUGGAGGUCCAGGCACAGGCAAAUCUUAUGUGUUGAAUCUUCUGCGGAAAGACUUGUUUGAGCAACGGCUUGGGUGGCAGCAGGGCAAAGAAUUCCAAGUUGUGACUUUCCAAGCGGUCAACGCAGAACCUUUGGAUGGAGAGACCAUCCAUGCCGCUCUGGGGCUGGCAUGGCACGGGAACGAUUCCAGCGUGGAUGCACAGCGCGUCUUAGACUUGGCCAGCCAAGCCGUCCAAUGGCGGUGGCUGGUGAUCGAUGAAAUAAGCAUGGUCAGCGCUGAAAUGCUCGCUCGUUUGGAAGCACGGUGCCGACAACUGGUGCCAGACCUGAGCGCCACCAAGUAUGCCAAGCAGACCAAUGGUCGUGCUGCACCAUUUGGAGGCCUCAAUCUGAUCUUGUCCGGCGAUCUGUGGCAGUUGCCGCCACCACGAGGAACGUUUCUGGGUCAGAUUCCUUGGCAGCUGCUCACAAGUGUCUCCUCGAAGAAGUUGCCAUUAAGCUUGCAAGGCCCACGGCCGCCCAACCUGUGGUACUAUGUCAUGUCAGCAAUUGCACUUGCAAAACAUCUCACCUACAACAAUCAUGCGCAAGGAAUGCCCGACGUGCCAGAGAGAACGUCUGAGUAA